CUGCUAUCAGCUCUGCCACUGGGAAUUUUCCUGAAGGGCUGCAAAUACGUCAGAAUUCCUCACUGGAUGUAAAUGCUUGUAAUGCAGCUGCUUUGCUGCUCUGUAGUUUUGGUUAGCACCACAUGUUUUUAUGUCCCAUCCUAAUAAGACAAAAGAGGUAUGGAUGAGCAAAGAAAACACAGAGUGUUUUAUAUAAGAGUUGUUCAAAUUAGUUGCUUCUACUUCAGAGAAAUUUGUAACAACUAUUUUCAGUAUGUUCCUUAUUACACUUCUUUUUUUCCCCACAAAGCAACAAACGCUCCCUCUCCCUCUUGCCAUUUAUCUUUUCCUUUCUUUUUCUUAAGGGAUAGAAGAGAAAACGCAAAAAAGAAAUAUGAAAAGCAAAACAUCCUUUGAACAUUGUGCAUUCCAUUAAACCCUGCAGAACAGAACCAGGAGAAGAAUCUGAAGUAUGGUCAGUUCUGAGAGACCUGCCAAAGGAAAGCCUUGCAUCUGUCAAUAACCUGUGAAAAGUGAUUCCUCAUUUCUGAGAUACCUACCAGGAAUGGCAGAUUUAGCAAGAGUUUCUAAGUUCCUCAGACAAUUAGAAAAUAGCCCAAGCCUCUGCAAUAAGCUCUGGCAAGCCCCCACCUUUUGCACAGUGCUGUUGCAGAAGUGUCCCAGCAGAUGCAGCUCCCCGUGUGCUCACUGGAGCCUCGGUGAUCGGGCUGCGCUCCCACGUGCGGCAGCAAACACGGCAGCAUCGAAACAGCCUCUCAUCUCACCUGAGGUGCUGCUGCAGGACAGGGAUAUUAAUGCAGUACCACAUAUUGACAGACACAUUAUACCGUUCAAACCAGUUUCUGCGAUGUCACUCAUCAAAAAUGAGAAGUGCACAAUACUGCGCAACGUGAGGCCAUUGAUUUAUCCACAGAGGCAGAAGCACGCACAGGGCGUGACUGGGACUGAUCUCUCCAUGCUUCCUAAGGGACCAAACACGUGUUCUCCACAGCUCCUUGCAGCUGAAGAUGCUUUCCCCACACAGAGAGCACACCUGGGGCAGCUGGUGGUAAAGGGCCCGCUCGUGGCUGUUCCUGAUGCCGGGAAGCUGACUGCUCUGCGGGAUGUGUUUGUAGCGGGGUUUGGGGCUUGGGACGCUCUGUCGUCAUGUUUUAUCCAAUAAAGGUUGUGUGGCAUUCUGGGGUUUGAGGAUGGUGUUUUUUGGAACGGGCCAAGCCCAGAUUCCCCAGGAAGCAGCAGUGUGGGUUUCCCUGUGCCAUGGGCAGCCCCAGAGCGUGCAGCUCACAGAAGCCAUUCCUAAGCUACUUCUGAUGAUAGAACCAAGUUACAUUAGAAGAAAUGAGAAGCCCCGACUGAAACCAAUGUAAAAGCAAGUCUUGAUUGGCUGUGAGAUCUUCAUGCUUCGUACUAUACCUUAGGAGCCCGGAAAAUGGCUCUGAUCCCCCCCCGAUGCUGCCGCUGGGCGGAGCUGCCGGCUCGGGUUCGGCCCGCUCUGGGGCUCACAGAGACCCAGCGCCUUUGGGGGCUCGGAACUGGGACCGAGUCCUGCAGCUUCGGGCUCAGCCACCCUCGGCUGUGUUUUGGGAGCUCGGAACGCGACUCCCGUGAUCAG